ACACCAACCUCAUUGUCUGUUAUUUUCUGUUUAUAUUGUUUUAAUAAUUCUUGAAAGAAUAUACUGCUUACAAUCUCUUUUGUGUUAUAUGAUGGCAGUGUUGGUGAAUGGAUUUGUGUGCAAGGACCCAAUGCAAGUUCAAGCUGAUGAUUUCUUCCUCACGGGACUGGACAAACCAGGCAACACGAGUAACAAGGUUGGGUCCAAUGUGACCCAAGUAAACGUAGCUCAGAUAUCAGGACUCAAUACCCUCGGAGUCUCUUUGGUUCGGAUAGACUAUGCACCCUAUGGUCUCAAUGCACCCCACACGCACCCAAGGGCGACAGAGAUUUUAACAGUUUUGGAGGGCACCCUUUACGUCGGAUUCGUCACUUCCAACCCAGACAAUCGCCUCAUAACAAAGGUCCUUCAAAAGGGCGAUGCGUUUGUCUUCCCAAUAGGCUUGGUUCACUUCCAAUUUAACAUUGGCCUCACCAAUGCCAUAGCCAUUGCAGGACUGAGCAGCCAGAGUCCAGGAACUAUCACCAUUGCGAAUGCUGUGUUUGGAUCGAAUCCACCCAUCUCAGACGACGUUCUUGCCAAGGCAUUCCAAGUUGAUAAGAACAUAGUUGAUUAUCUCCAAUCGCAGUUUGGAAUGAAAAACUAGAGCAUGCCCCAUACAAUAAAAUGG